GCAACAUUCGAAAAUGAGUUACCAAAUAAUAAAUUUGAAUUUGACGGGUGUGAUUUUCUUUUCUAGUCUUGUUCUUGUUCAAAUAGCCGUGUGCCAGGGGAAAUAUAAAGCGGAGACAGAAACUAUCCUGUUAGACACGCUGUUUACAAACUACACCAGAUACAGGAAACCUGUUGAGUUGUAUUCCAAAACAAUCCCAGUUGGAAUUAAUUUAUAUAUUCUGUCCCUCAACGAGGUGGAUGUGAAAUCGCAAACAUUACACCUUGCAUCUUGGUUAGAAGUCACGUGGACUGACGAAUAUCUUACAUGGAAUACGAGUGAAUUCUCUAACAUCCAGUAUCUCCGAUUACCUGCGGUCAAAGUUUGGGUUCCAGUCGUCUGUAAUCUGCAAGAAAUCUCUGGCAAAAAAUGUGUGACCUACGGUUCAGUUACAAAUUCUGGUAGUGAGGUGGGUGUUGAAAACACUGGUCGUGUUUUUCUCUCAGAAACUAUUGAAAGUAUUAUUAUUUGUUCAUUUAACGUUCAAAAUUUUCCCUUUGAUACACAGACUUGUAGUUUUGAGUUCUUCUCCCCCAACUAUUUUCUACAAAACAUACAUUUGGUCCAAAACCAGUCCAGCUUUCAAUCAGGAUACUAUAUACCAAAUGAGGAAUGGGAUUUAGUUUCAACAACCGUGAAAGAGGUCGGUUAUUACACUCUUGAAAUGACAAUAACCCUAAGAAGGAUACCUUUAUUUCCAACUUUGUCUUUGAUAUUUCCGAUCAUUGCCUUGUCAAUCAUGAACACUUUUUGCUCUCUAUUGCCUAUUGAAUCUGGAGAAAAAAUGGGAAUGUCUAUGGCCAUAUUUUUAACUUUCGCCGUGUUCGGAAGCAUGAUUAGUGACUCGAUGCCAAAAAACUCGGUACAUAUCUCCUGGUUUAGCGUGUACGUUACAACUCAGAUUAUUCUUAAUGGUUUCAGUGUUAUCAUGGUGACGGUUGUCUUGCACAUUUAUUACAAGGAUGUCGUUUCAUCACGUACAUUAGAUUUAGUAGAAGACAAUUCUGGCCAAAGUGGUACUUUGCAUGAAAUGUUUGCGAAAAGAAGCUCAGUUCAGAGUGAUAUUCAGAACAAAAAACAAGAAAAAAAGAUGUGUCAGGCAAAAAGACUUGACAGAUGUAUGAUGAUAUUCACUAUUUGUACCAACGUAGUCUCCUUCUGUGUAUAUGCAUCACUUAUUUUGAGUUAGGUUUAACAGUAGUUUUCAGUGUUUUAGCCUUAUAGGAUGGUGUUUUAGAAUGAAUUUGUCUUCGUGUGCAUACCAAUUUUUUUUUUGGAAUAUAUCAAUUACCGUAUACAGAGAAAUAUUCGCCACUGUUUUAUUUUUGGCCUUUUUGUCCUCAUUGUCAGCGGGAGAAUGUCUCAAAUUCACGAAAAAAAAAACCCAACUGUUUUUAAGUGUACAAAGAGCGAAAUUUACACUGGACGAAAAUAAUCCUGCAUACAGUAUUCCUUAAGUA